CACACACACACCUACCCCUUGAAACAUCCUGGACGCUAUUAUGCGGUUGGCUCUCUCUAGGCCCCCACCUUCCUCCGCACCUCCUCUCUUCCUCUUUUGGGGUUUCUUCAGUGGGUCCCAAUAGUAUCUAUACAUAUCAGAUUGUAUCUAUCAUCAUAUCAUCAUCAUCGUCACAUAUGGAGAGGAGGAGGAGGGUAUGGGGAACAGGAUUGGUGCUGUUGGUGGUUUUCGGGAGAUUAACGUGUGCAGAACCCGUUAGGGUUCCGUUACCUUCCGUUUGCCCUUUAAAUUCAGUUAAACACUCGAUCUUUGGGUUUUCAGAUUCAAUAUGUCACUUGAAUGUGGUCGAAUCUUUUGAUGUCGGUGUUAUUGAGGGAGAUGAAGUCUCACUGCAGAGGGCACUGAAUAUGGUUCACAAGAAUACUCAUGAUUACGUUGCAGUGCUUUUCUAUGCGUCUUGGUGCCCAUUCUCUAGAUCUUUUAAACCAAGCUUUUCCAUCAUCUCUUCCUUGUAUCCUUCCAUUCCUCAUUUCGCAAUUGAAGAAUCAGCCAUAAGGCCAAGCAUAUUUUCAAAAUAUGGAGUCCAUGGGUUUCCUACGCUUUUCCUUUUAAAUUCCACCAUGCGCGUGCGCUAUCAUGGCUCCCGAUCCCUUGGUUCUCUUGUCUCUUUCUAUGGUGAUGUUACUGGUCUCUACACUGCAUCAGUGGAUGGAGCAUCCCUGAACAGAAUUGGUCACUCAUCAGAACAGGAGAAACAUGAUAACAGUGAGCAGGAAAGCUGUCCAUUCUCAUGGGCUAGAUCUCCCUGGAAUUUACUUCAGCAUGAGACAUAUUUGACCUUGGCCACCAUUUUUGUGUUGUUAAGGCUGCUCUAUUUCAUUUCCCCAUUUCUUCGUAUAUGUGCUCAAUUUGCUUGGAGAAGGUAUAUUGUAUGCGUGAGGUUGAGGAGCUUGUGGGAGCAUCCUCUGGCCUACCUGGAUCGAGCAAUACAGUUAUUUGAUUCCCUAAAGGAGCCUUGCAAGAGAAGCAAUUUGCAGGGAGGAGCCAUGAAUGCAAAGGCAUGGGCUUCCAAGUCUUUAGCUUCAGUUUCAUUUGGAGAUGCAAGCACCAGCCACAUUGUUACAUGAGAUUGCAGGUUUGUUAACCUUUGAGGAGUGUUGACAAACCUCUUGAAUGAUCAAUGUAAGUGAAGUGUGGUUAGACUCUCUGUAAAACCGCUCCAAUGAUGCUGAAGGAGAGCUUUGCAGGUUUCCAAAGGUAUUCAGAGAACCAAAGAGAAGAUGUCUGUCAUCCAAACUCCCUCUAAACCACUUAGCAAAUCCUGUUGAACCUGUAUUAAAAAAUAUCAGGAAUAUUUAUAACUAUUCUCAAGUUAUGGUGUGAACGUUUGUAGACUUUUGACAGUUAAAGAUUACUAUUCAAACAAGUUCUUGAAUAAAGCCAAAG